GUGCCCUUAGCAUUAAUGCGGUGCGGAUCAACUCCGACCUUAUGGAGUCUUGUCAGUGGGGAUCGACUCCCGAUGGUGGAAUGAACCGACUGACUCUGAAUGAUGACGAUAAGAAAGUUCGCGAAUGGUUCAUCGACCAAGUAAAGAAAUACGGAUGUUCAGUCAAAGUCGACGCAGUGGGCAAUAUAUUUGCAACUCGUCCAGGGAAGAACAACACCCUCCCACCUAUUGGACUCGGCAGCCACCUCGACACGCAACCAGCAGGUGGGAAAUACGAUGGCAUCGUUGGAGUUCAUUGCGCUCUCGAGGUACUCAAGACGAUUCAUGAAAAUAACAUCGAAACGUAUGCCCCUAUCGCAGUGAUUGACUGGACGAACGAAGAGGGUGCGCGGUUCUCCCCUGCAAUGCUUGGAUCUGGCGUGUGGGCUGGGAAAUUCACACCGGAGUAUGCUUAUGCGAGAACGGACUUGAAUGGGAAGAAGCUUGGAGAUGAACUUGAACGUAUUGGAUUCAAAGGCGAUGUUCCCGCUUCAUACAAAGCGAACAAACUCUCGGCACAUUACGAAGUCCAUAUCGAGCAAGGUCCAAUUCUAGAAGCAGAGAAUAAACCCAUCGGCGUCGUCACGGGUGUUCAAGGUCAGACCCCUUCGUUAACACCAUGAAGCCAAUUAAUAGACGUCUUGCUUAGCAAUGAGCUGGUUCAACAUUGUUCUCCGAGGACGUGAACAACACUGUGGUACAACCCCAAUGAACGCACGUGCGGAUACGCUCCUCACCGCAGCGAAGAUGAUUGUCGGUAUCAACACCAUCGCAGUAAACACACCUGGAGCAGUUGGUUCCGUAGCAGUAAUCAAUUCCACACCUCAAUCCAUCAACACGCUCGCUUCAACGGUCCAAUU